AUGAUCGAUGGAUACACGUACUCCCAAUAUAGAGAUGUUUACUGGUACUGCUCAGCCAAAUUUCAGGGGUGUAAAGCACGGGUGCGUUAUACCGGGGUUGAAGUGGUCAAAGUUAUGACAGACCAUACGCAUCCACCGCCGAAAAUUGCAAUUCAGAAAUACAUACAUAAUGAAAACGAUGAGAUUAUCAUGAUUCCAUCUUCAAGGAGUAAAAAACAUCUAUUAAUGCUCCACGGCUAUACUUAUUCGCAAAGAAAUUAUGGUCCCCAUUGGUAUUGCUCUUCUACCCAGACCCAAAAGUGUCCAGCACGUUUGCACUUAUUCAAUAAUAAAUUGGAAAAAAUUAUGACAGAUCAUACCCAUCCACCGCCGAAAUACUUAUGUAAAAAUGGAAAAUAUAUUAAGGUGUAA